CCUCGCACAUGGUUUUUCUUAUGGUUUAUGGCGAUCAAUGGGCGAAGCUAGUAGUAUACUGUACAUGUAAGUAGUGAAGCUCGUGUGACUUUCAAAUUCAGGAGAAUGGGCAAGUCAAAGAAGGGAAAGUCAGCAAAGUUAGGGGGUGAUCCCGUCUCAAGAUCAGCGGCACUUGCAGAACAGAUCCUGGAAAACAAGGCUGUCCGGUGGAAAGAAAGAGUAAAAGAAAGACAGAGACAGGACGAAGAUGAAACGUUUGUUGAUGAGAAACUGUCCCGUAAGAUCUUAGAGCAAGCUCGCCUCCAACAGGAAGAACUUGAGAUUGAACAUGGAGCAUCAAGGAGUGAGAAAAGGCCCAUCACAAGUCUGGGUCCGAGCAAAGUGGAGCAGUCAGAUGAUGAAGAAGAAAAAGACCUUACUGAGCAUGAAGAUAAAUACUAUGAGGACAUUGAAAUUAACGUGGAUGAUGAGCGGGCCUUGGAGAGAUUCAUGGCUCCGAAUGCUCCUGCUAGAAGGACCCUUGCGGACAUCAUCAUGGAGAAACUCACUGAGAAACAAACAGAAGUUGCCUCACAGAUGACAGAGAGUGGACAAAUUGCACCUGAACUGGAUGAGAGAGUCACACAGGUAUAUAAGGGUGUUGGUCAGAUUCUGUCGAGAUAUCGCAGCGGCAAGCUACCAAAGGCACUCAAGGUACUCCCCUCGCUCAGACUGUGGGAACAGAUUUUGUACAUUACAGAGCCUGACAAAUGGACGGCUGCUGCCAUGUACCAAGCAACCAGGAUAUUCACCAGCAACUUGAAUGCCAAAAUGGCCCAGAGAUUUUUCAACUUAAUUCUGUAUCCAAGAGUGAGAGAUGACAUUGCAGAGUUCAAAAGGCUCAACUUCCACUUGUACAUGGCUUUGAAGAAAGCGCUCUUCAAGCCAGCUGCGUUCUUCAAAGGAAUAAUCCUGCCCUUGUGUGAGUGUGGAACUUGCACCUUGCGAGAGGCCAUCAUCAUUGGAAGUAUCUUGGCAAAGACAAGCAUCCCUGUCUUGCAUUCAAGUGCAGCACUCCUCAAGAUUGCUGAGAUGGACUACAAUGGAGCCAACAGCAUUUUCCUAAGGACGCUUCUGGAUAAGAAAUAUGCAUUACCUUAUAGGGUGGUCGAUGCCGUGGUCUAUCACUUCAUCAGAUUCCAGCUUGACAAACGAGAGCUACCUGUGCUAUGGCACCAGAGCCUUCUGACGUUUGUCCAAAGAUACAAGGAAGAUCUCUCCAAAGAACAAAAAGAGGCACUGCUAGACCUCCUGCGGGCCCACUCACAUGAGGGCAUCACCCCUGAGGUACGAAGGGAACUCUUACAUUCAAAGUCCCGUGACACCGAGGAGCCAAUGGCAUCGUAGAGCGGGUCGACUCUCACCAGAAAGUUGGAGGUUGGAAAUACAAAGUUGUGACAUGAACUAACAGUACAGAAAGAAAGUAAAACAUCAGGUUGUAGGUGUGUCUGUGAUAUAUCAGGAAGUUUAAAAACCAAGCCUUAAAAAUGCCAUCUGGUUACCAAUGGAGCGUGGAUGGCCAGUUCAAAUUAACCACUUGCUGCUGGGGAACCCCAUUUCGAGCAUCAUGGGUUUAUACACAGAGCCGGGGUGCCCGAAAU